CCGGCCAGACCCAGAGCAACUAGUGGCCAUACUCGGCUAGUUCCGUGCGGACAUCUCGCUGGCCUGUACUCUAUACGAUACGAUACGCGGUUUAUUCUUUGGGGGCUUUCUAAAUUAAAACUUGUUACCUUUACACUAAAAUUUUUUCCUAUCUUAAUAGUGAUCUCAUACGAAAUUUAUAAUUUGGUAUUUUCGUUAUUUAUAUUGAGUUACGAAAUUAAAUAAGUGAAGGGUACGUUGCUCUUACGAAAUAGUAACUAAGUUGCUUUGAACUAAUCUCGCUGUGCAGUUGAUAUACAAUACAAAAAUUAUACACAACAGGAAAUUUUUGAGUGUUGUUAAAAACAACGAAAAUGGAUAUCCAGUUGGAUGCAAAUGGCACCCCAUUUGUGGUAUGGGGUAAUAAUAGGAUACAGUUGGAAAAAGAUCCCAUCACUGAAAAGUGUUACAUUGAAAAGGCUGAGAAAGAACUGAGGGAAACACCAGAAAAUGUAGAAGCAGCUUUAACUGAACUAAGAAUACUUUUGAAAGGGGAACCUUCACUCGUCUUGCCCAUCGACAACGAUGAAUUUCUGAUGAAAUUUUUAAGACCUUGCAAGUUCUAUUCGGAAAGCGCCUUCAAAAGGAUACAAGCAUAUUAUAAAUAUAGAAAAACAUUCGUUGAAUACACGAGAGACUUGGUACCAUCUACCGUUCGUUCUGCUUUCGAAUAUUCCAUUAUUUCCUUCCUGUCGCCGAGAGAUCAGCAUGGACGCCGUAUAUUACUUGUGGAGUCAGAACGAUGGAAUCCUCGAGAGGUCUCUCUACAAGAAGUGUUCAGAGGAGUUCAGUUGGGACUGGAGGCUGCCAUGGUGGAGCCUAAAACGCAAGUCAGCGGAGUCAUCACUAUCCUCGACAUGAAGGGUUUAACCCUCGCGCAGAUCAUGCAGAUGACGCCGUCCUUCGCGAAAAUGGUCAUUGACUGGAUUCAGGACUGCAUUCCAAUUCGCCUAAAAGCUGUCCACAUAGUAAACCAGCCAUAUCUUUUCAAUAUGUUGUUUGCUAUAUUUAAACCUUUUAUGAGGGAGAAGCUACGCUCUCGCAUCUUCUUCCACGGCACAGAUAGACAGUCGUUACUGUCCCAAAUUCAUGCUGAUGCUUUGAGGAAACGCCACGGAGGAAUUUUGCCGGAUCCCGAGAUACCAGGGGAGGUAGUGUGGAAGAUGAUGAUGCAUUACGAGGAUAAUUUCAGAGCUAAAAAUUCUUAUGGGUACGUGACAAACAAUAAUGUGAAGUAAAUAAAAAAACUGGUUUAAAAUUAUAGAGUUUUUAAGAUAUUAAGCGUAAUAAAUAACCAAAACGUAAAUGGAGAAAACAUCGUUUGAAUAGAGUGGACUCGUUUGAACAACUAAUAGAUUAAAAAGUGAUAUUGUGAUUUAAACAUAUGUAUAUUUUUAUAUUGUUAAUGUAAUAUUAAUUUUAAAAGACAAUUCGCAGUGUAACUAAUACUUCAUUCGUUGUAAUAAUUUAUAUUCCGUUCCAUGUACAUAACAUAAAUACAUCAAUUUAAUGAUAUAGGCUCAAUGAAAUAUGCGCCGAUAACUUAGUGUAUCUUGUCAGAUUUGACAGAGAUGAGUUAAACUUAGGUCAAGGCAUCGACCGAUAUGUUUAUCUUGUUUUCUAGUGUACAAACAAUUAUGAGAGACCUAAUUUUAGAGUUCUAUUUAAAAUAUGCUUUAUGAUUAAUUUCAAGAUAAAUAGAUCUAGGUAAAAUGUAGAUAUAUCUAUAUUACAAAUGAAUAAAUAUUAAGGAGUAAGUAAUAAAUGUAUGAUAAAAAAGACAGGUUCUUGACAUUAAGAUUUUAUCUGUAUUAGUCUUGCCUAUUUCUACAUCUAAUAAGCAAUUAGCAGCAUACUUUUGUUGUUGUCAUGUGGUUUUAAUUCAUUUAGGAAGGAUAAUAUAUUGUUAUAGGGAGGGUUACGAGCAUUAUGGUAAAGGUUCAUGUGUUUGCUAGCUCAUUUGCUGAUUUCAGUAUCGAUUAAGUGUUUAGGUAUUUCUAACACAACCAUUUUGUAGGGUAAAAACCGCUGUUACUUCGCGAAUAAAAAUGCCAAUUGUAAAAUUAUUCUUUGUCAUUAGCUACCUGUAUCUAUCUAUUAAAACUCUAUAUUAUAAAAUAUCAAUUUAAUAGCUUUAUCUGUGAUAGUUUUGAAUUAAAUAUUAUAAUUUA